CAUUCUCAACCUCUGUCAUCUUCUUCUCUUGAGAUCUCUUUUCUUUAGUUUUCCUGCUGCAACUUCUUUGUUUGAUCCAAUGGCUAUUCCAGUGAUUGACUUUUCAAAGCUUAAUGAUGGGAAGGAGAGGGCUAAGACAAUGUCUCAGAUCGCAAAUGGUUGUGAGGAAUGGGGAUUCUUCCAGCUGGUGAACCAUGGGAUCUCAGAGGAGCUCUUGGAGAGGCUCAAAAAGUUGUGCUCUGAGUGCUACAAGAAGGAAAGAGAAGAAGCUUUCAAGAACUCAAUGCCUGUGAAGAUGUUGAAUGACUUGGUGGAAGGGAAAAGGGAUGAGAAGUUGGAGAAUGUGGACUGGGAAGAUGUCUUCACACUUCAAGAUGACAUGAACAACUGGCCAUCCCAAUACAAGGAAUUCAAGGAAACCAUGUCUGAAUACCGAUAUGAAUUGAAGAAAUUGGCUGAGAAAGUGAUGGAGGUAAUGGAUGAGAACCUAGGGUUACAUAAAGGUUACAUUAAGAAGGCAUUCAAUGGUGAGGAUCAGGCCUUUUUUGGCACCAAGGUCAGCCACUAUCCACCUUGUCCUCGUCCUGAUCUAGUGAAUGGCCUUCGUGCCCACACCGAUGCUGGGGGUAUCAUCCUACUCUUCCAGGAUGAUGAGGUGAAAGGCCUCCAAAUCCUCAAGGAUGGAGAAUGGAUUGAUGUUGAAACAAUUCCUAAUGCCAUUGUCAUCAACACAGGAGAUCAGAUUGAGGUCUUGAGCAAUGGGCUAUAUAAGAGCGUCUGGCACCGCGUAUUGGCCACUCCAGAUGGUAACAGAAGAUCCAUAGCAUCUUUCUACAAUCCCUCUCUCAAGGCAACCAUAGCACCUGCACCUGAAUUAAUCAACCCAGUGACAAAAGAAGUUGCCCAACCUUACCCAGAGUUUGUUUUUGGUGAUUAUAUGUCUGUUUAUGCUAAGCAGAAGUUCCUUCCAAAGGAACCAAGGUUCCAAGCUGUUGGGGCCAUGUAAGAGGCAGAAAGAGCUUCUUUUUAUAUAAUGACUUGAUGCUUUCAGUAACUUAAAGGUUUAGUGAUAAAAGUUGUGAUCCUAGAUCAGAAACCCACUAGAUUUCCUUCUCUUGACUUUGUGUAGAAAGGAUAAGGAAGUUCAAGGGGUGUUAUUGUUGUUUGCUUCAGAGUUAACAUGCUUGCUUUUCCAUCCCUAGCACACGCAGCUAGGUGAUGUUGGAUUUCCAUUGUAUUUGCAAGGUUGCUUUGUACACAUUAUUAGCAUAUAUAAAAUAUACUUUUCAAUGUUA